UUUAUCGUUUGUUUACUGAACGGAAAAAAUGUAUACCUUCAAAAUUCUGCUUUAAGAAUUUAAGGGAAAAAAGUCUCUUAUUUUUCACCCUUAUUUUGCAACCCCGCUUUGUAGUGUACUCAACCAUUUGGUGUCCUUAAUACAAAUGGAAACGCACGGCCCACUCGCACGCAAUGUGUACCAUGAAACUACAUUACCAUUGCUAUUUGUUUACAUUUUCCCCACCCGUUAAUGUAACCCAUCAUCCCAUCCCUGCCGAUCGAGUAAUUCACGUGUAGUGUGUGUUCUAUGAUAAACUCACUAUACACAGAAAUUAUGACAACUAACAAAUGCAAUGUACCGCAAGCGGCUGCUUAUUGUUGGCAAGAAAAUUGUACCGAAUGAAAGAAUCAGAGGGUGGCUUUGAAAGAUGUGUGGAGCACAUUGUGGGCAGCGGGAAACUGUCGUUACGCCGUUUCAUCGCCGUCGUGCGGUUUUUCUUUCAUAACACAACCUUCAAAAAUCGCAUUUUAUUGGCGGACGGGAGGCCAACACGCGCCACAAAAUCUUGCUCUCCUGCCUUUCAUAAUGAGCGAGAGAGAAAGAGAACAAUAUUCAAACAAACAAAUAAAAAAAUAGUCUGGGGGGCUCGCAAGUUACGCGAUCCGAACCGCGCGCUCGCUCAACUCUCUGGGUGACUUUGGCGCGUGUGGCCCGGUGUUCAUGCGCUUGGUUUCGGAUGAAUUUCUCUCACUCUCCGGCGAACGCGCGUUUUGGCGUUCUUGCGUGUACGGCACGAUGUUGCGCUAGUAUUUCAUCGCGGGCUCCCAACACGUACGGGGCGAUUCGCGUUUGCUGCUUGACGUGGUUGGCGCAAAGUGUUUGGUCGCACGUCUGUUUGGUACUUCGAACCGGAGCGAAUGCCGUCUCCAUAACUCUCCGUACCGGUAAGCGUUCAAACUUGUGGUGAGACGAAGUGAUAUGUGUGUCAACAUAAUUUUUAACAAAACUAAGUGCAACCUGAAGCUGAAAAUUAGUGUUUUAGAAAAUAUCUGCUGAAACGUUCCAGUCGUAAUAGCAAAAAAAAAACACACACGCACACAAACCCGUAAGACAGAAAAGCGUCGUCUCUUGCGUUAUGUAACGAAACCGUGUCGGCUGAGAACGCGAGAAUGAGUCUCGAGCGAUAGAGCGUGCAUGUGUAUGGGUGGCGUAUGUGUUGGUUGUGCUGGAGUGCAGUUUCCUUCCCAAAAAUUGGGGCUCAUGUCUACCGAUUUUGGGGACAGUUUUGUGUCCCUCCGGAACGUUCGAAGUUGUGUGUUGGUUUUUGUUGGUUUUACUUUGGUUUUAUCUACUGCUUGUUCUAUUGCCAUAUUCUGCUGGCUCUGCGUACGUGUCGCGUUACUGUGCGUGAGAACGCUGGAGAAAGAGAGUGUAGCGCACCGUUUCGUAUUGCUGGUGAGAAGAAGAGAACAUGUGCGCCGGCAACCCUUGUGCCAUGGGGAUGGAGAAGAAGAAAAUGAAGCCGAACCACACCAAAAAAAAAAACGAUCAGGCGUGAGAGUGAGAUUGCGAUACAGCAACAGUUUUGCUUGGCCGAAAGUUUGUUAGAUAACAGCCGCACACGGUUCGAAGUUGGACCGAAAUGUUCGAACCAGAAUCUGGCAUUAUGCUUGUAGACAACACACCAAAAAAAACAGCAACCGUAAUACUUCUGAUUGCGUGUGUUUGUUUGCUGUGUCCUUUUUGUACGAGCAAUUAUAUGACACCGUGCAGUUCUGGAAGUGCCUUUCGAGGAGGGGGGAAAAGCUGCUAACGUAACAUCACCUCGUAAAGGGCAGCUUUAUGUAAUAUCGAUAAGCCUCACGGAGAAUUAAAACGGCUGUCAAAAUGGUUACCAUAUGGAGCGUGCAAAAAACACGGUUGUGAACAAUUGUCGUAUUAGUGAAAUUUGGACAGCUUUUGUACGACUUAUUGACGGUGAUGUCGAUAAGACUUUAGUGCAAAGUGGAGAAAAUUCGAUUCAAUUAGGAAGUGCGUUACAUAACUCAAAUUUCUUACAAACGUUCUCUUCAUGAUUUAUUGUAACUGUGUUUCAAAUUUUUGUUACUUUCGUCACUUUUCUAUCACUCUUCGUCACUCUUACAAAAUAGAAAUAUUGAAGUUGCUUUUCAUGAAGUCUAAAAAAAUUUUGUAAAACAUUCUGCACUCACCGAUCAAGCCGUAUAAACCAUUUAAUCGUUCUGUUUACCGAAUGAAACGCACAAAACAGCACCGAGCUCGUGUGUAUUUAUAGGCCGUCUCAUCCCCCCACCUGAUAAUGUCCGAAACGGUAACACGUUUUUACUGGAGGAGCCGUUUAGACCGUGCACGCGACAACGAACAGUGACCGAAAUGUCUCAACUCGAAAAAUAAACAAAUGAAUCCAGUAUCUCCACACUCUCACUUCCACUGCGGUCUCACCGCACAACGUCCUUCUUCCGGAAAGCAAACUUUGACCAUUUUCUACCCUGUCGGAAGUUGUUUGGGUGUCAAAGAACUGCGGAGCAGCGGAGGAACCCCAACAAUUUUACCUUCUCCCGUUUUUGGGUGGAGGGAAAACGUCAAGAAUCGGAUGCCCUCAAAUGCUGGGGGCGUUAUGUAACCGCGGAAAGUUUCGUCCACAGGUUUCGUGCUCUCGACUUGGUUUUUUGGGAUGGUUUUUCACCUAGCCUGUCCGACCAAAAUUAGGUUUUGGUUCGGCAGUCAACCACCGCUACAAAGCUGUUAAUGUUGAUGGUAUCGCGACAACAGGUCGGUUUGCUGCUGGUUUUUUUCCAACAUCUACCAACGCUGCUGUGCUGGAAAAAGGAAGAAAAACGCGAAUAGAAUUGACUGUUUUGCAUGUUUGCGUGUGCUUGAUGGAACCAAUGGCUUGAUGGAACAAGAAUAAAAAAGAAUUUAAAUUACCCAAACCGUUUGACCGCAGGCUAGAGUAGAAUGAAAGCAAAACAACCAACCCAUUAACAACAAUUCGGCAGUCGUACGGUUCUGACCGGAAGGCACAAUUUAUUCGACCACCGGAGCGGUUGGUACGUUCUGUUUUUCGAGAGAUAGGCACCGAGAAUCAAUUAUAAACAUUUAAAACAUUUUUGCUUUGUUUUAUAAGCUCUCCGAAGGGUAUUUUUUCUCAUUUAUUUGAGCAGCAAUGUGUGGAAAAAUAACAUUUGCUGGCAAAUAAUAAGCUCUUUUUUGAUGCUGGAAAAAGAAGGCAACAAAAAAAGGAUCAUUUUAAUUCACCAUUUCAACCAUCACCCACAACAAAGGACGAUAAGAUAAACAGGCGAAGGGAGGUUGACCGCAAUCAAUAGGCGUCUUUUCUAGAAAUGGGCCGACUGAUAAAGAAGUUAAUUAUUUGCUCGUAAUGUAAACAUCGUGCGGCCAUAAUGCAGAUAAAAUAGUUUGUGUGUUUGCGAGCGUGUCUCAUAAUGGAAGAUUCAUCGCUCAGCUGCGCUGAGAAAGAGAUACGAUACGCACAGACAGAAACGACGCAAGCGACGAUGAAUCAUAUGGUAAAGACAAGCACCGGCUCCUGGUGGAAAAGGCACCCCUAUACACCCUUAAUACUACAGUGAUUAAACAAUUUAAAAAUAAUCAAAACCACUUCCUUCCCAUCAAUGCAAAUGAUUCAUCCAGCACGGACAGUUGCAAUAUGGAACGUUUUACCAAAUUGAGUGGAUGUCUAUUUAUAAGCGGCACAGAAUGACAGCAUCACCGAACUGUAAUGUCAAAAGGAUGAGCGCUUUCUUUGCUCGUUGUGAAAGGGGCCGUUCCUUCCUCUGGCCAAUUGCUUUCAAUGCCCCUUACAUAAUGUGCAGCAUCCACCAUAUUGCGAUGAUGAUAAGCUAAGUGAUUGCGAAUGAUCGGGUGGAAAGAAUGCCGGCAAUACCUUUCGGCAGAAUUGUUUACGCAAAUGUAAAUUCCCCACAACAGCAGCAACAAAAAAAAUUCCACGAAUAAUACACUCGAAUGGAAAUGUUUUGCGACCGAUUUCGACGUUAUUUCGAUAAAUGAAUUUGCCCGAAACCAUUUAUGCGUGUUCGCUGAAUUAAUCAUAACUUUUCUAAUGUUUUUUUUUCUCAUUUUUUUCUCCCUUUCUUUACCAUUUUUCCCCAAACAGAGCAAGCAUUUAAGCACGUUGAAGCUGAACAGUUAGAUAAACGGAUUUUUUUUCUGAAGUAUCAAGGCUCCAAGCACAGGAGCGUCAAGGAAAAAAAGUGAGAGUCGCAGAAACAAACGGCAAAAAAGUUUGUUCCAACAAUUUCCCCACCAGCGCUUUUUGACAAGAAAAAUCAACAAGCACCCAGAAACAAUACCGCCCCUGAAAAGAAAUUGUUGUGCAUUCUUUGUGAAUUCGUGUGUGUGUGUGUGUCUUUGUGUGAGUGCACCGUACGUAAUAAAUAAGCAAACAAUUGUGAAAGUUGUACCACCAAGUGACAAACCCGAACAAAACAGCAACAUACGUUCUAACUGCAAACUUUGAAAGUUUAGGAAAACGGAACACCACAACCGGCCAGGAGAGAAACUUCGGAUCUGCGGACUUUGUUGCAAUUCUACUGGAGCCGCAAAAUCUUACAGCUAAGUCUAUUACCCGCAGUGGUGACUUUUUGGCAAAUUUGGCGCACCACGCUCGUGUAUGCGUGCGCCAUUGUGUGAAUGUAUAUUUUGCACGUUGCUCACGAUCCUCUGCCGGGGUUUCUAUUAAUAAAGCUAUGAAGCUAAUGUUCCUGCUGAUGAUGAUCGUGAUGAUGGUGGAUGUGAAUAAAAUAAUACCGACUGGCGCAUCCAUGCGGCGUUGGUAAAGGAGGUCGGCCACCGAUCCCCACCGCUAUGCUAGUGGUGUCACGGUUUGCAGUCGGUUGAAAUUGCGUGAAAUUAGCGCGAAUCUGUGUGACACACUGUGCAUGGGCACAGUGCCCUCUACCGAUUUCGUGCACUCGGAAGUGUUCGCUUUGUCUGGUGUGGCUAUUAAGUUGAAUAAUUCGUAUUAAAGUGGUUAAGUGGAUCCCGUCGAUUCGAAAACGGGAGAAAUUUUUUGUUGUUGUGACGCAUUCUUUUUUGGUAAUAAAAAAAACACCCCACUGACCCCCGUAUUAAGUGUACGUUUAAUGAGUUGGAUUGGUGAAACAAGUGUGCGUGUGUGUGUGUGUGUUUUUAGUUGAUCAGUGAUUACGCAAGAGUUUCGUCCAUAUCGAUAGCACGAAGGAAGGUUGCAUCGUAAAUUCAAGAGCAUUAAAAUAUCGGUGUCGUUUCCAUACUUACUGCGUGUGUUUAAGUGACGGUGUGGCGCAUAUAAAUCUAUCCACACAUCGUUCAAUACUUCAUUGGUGUGGUGCGCGAACGAAAUCGAGUGAAAAGUUGGCUUUUCUCCGGGUCCGGGUGCGGUGUGUGUCUCUAAUAGAUGCUGUACUAAAGCGAGAAGAUCAAGAACAUUGCCGUGAUCGAUAAGUGGCUGUGAGACGAAACGUACUAGGCCCCGCACGCUAAAUCCCAACGGCUUUUGCCCAAGGCCACCAGUGUGUGCGUGCGUUUACUGGUUGGGAAAUUGUUUCCGGGUUCACGGUGUGGCGGUAAAAUAAUAGGAAAAAGGUUAGGUGUCAAGGUGUGCACACCUUCGUGUAUGAGAGUGUUUAGUGCCACACGUUAGUAGUAUAACCCACAACCGGGGCCAUAGUGGAACAAGUGUAGUCAUAAUGCCCGCCACAUCGUUUGUGCACGUUCACAGGAAGCCGCUGUACUACAGGCGUCCCGAGCGCACACUCUACGACAGUACCGACGACAUUCGCAAUGUCUGGGACGGUGCGCAGGAGAAUGAGGAAGGGAAGGAGAAGGAAUCGACAGACGAUGAGUCGAUGGGUGAAGGAUCACGGUUGGACUCGAUGCUCGAGUCUCCUGAGUCACCGGUGCAAGAUAUUCUAGGCGUCCCGGAACAGCGAUGGAAGCUUUUGGAGGCACUCGAUGCACUCAGUGCUUGGGGUACGGCACAUAGUCGUACGAAGCCGUCGCUGGAGCUAACGUCCCUGGUGGAUGGACUAGUCGAGCGUGUAGUUGCUCAUCGAGCGGAAUACAUCCGUAGGUGUAAAACAUCCAGCAUCGAUGGGCUGUGCUGUCCGAUCUGUGAGGGAGUGCUGAGAUAUCCGGUCACAGCUACCUGUGGACAUACGUUCUGUCGCCAGUGUUGCUUCGGGCACAGUCGUUGCACGGUCUGUGGACAGCGGUUUCCUUCUGUCACGGCAACACUGACAGCGACCAGCUCGUCAUCCGCAUUUACGUCCACUCCGUCCUCUUCCUCGUCGACGGUAACUUCCGCCAGCUAUGCUUUCCCUGUACCUAUGCCUUUCCCUUAUGAAGCAUCAACGGGUCUGGGUACGGUAGAAGGUACGGAGAUCGUAUCCUCGAGUGGAGGUUUCGAGCUGGACAUUCUUAUCCGGCGGCUCGUUGAGCGUUGGUGGAGUCCGGAGCUGAAGGCAGCCGAUCUACAGGAGGAAGCACAGCGCCAUCUAGAGGGCAACUCGCUGGACGAGGCACUUCGCUGCUGCAAUCAAAGCUUAGAACACGUUCCCAACAGCGCCAAAGGACUGCAGCUGCGCUCGGAGGUGUUGCAUCGGUUGCAGCACUACCAAAGUGCACUGGCUGACGCCGACAGUGCACUCAAGUGUCUCCCAACGUCACACAAGGCCCACUAUUGCCGAGCCAUAUCACUGUCCGCGCUGGGAAAGUACGAGGAAGCAGUUAUAGCACGAUGCUUGGCCAUCUUUCUGGACCGACAGUCACAUGCGGUACCAAGUGGUAUAAAAUCUGAACUGAUGGAUGAUCUGAAACGAUUGUUGCUGGAAUCGCCUAUACUUGCGUCCCGCGGCACGCUGAAGGAUCACAACCAGCCGGACGAACAUGAUGACCCACUCGGUUCGAUAUUUGAUCAUUCUUAUGACCUAAUCGCUGGUUGCCGUAAACGACGCCACCGUUCUCCGCAGCGUCGUAAAUCCAAGAAACAGUUCCUCACCCUACGCCAAGGUGACUUCGAUGAAGACCAUUCCGAUUACGGUGGAGACGAUUAUCUGAGCAGCGAUCUCCUCUUCGACUACAUGGAUGUUCCGUUCAGUGAAGAGUCAUUGCUUGGUCCGGCUCAUACCCGGCACUGUCAGCACCGAAGCCAUCAUCGAAGGCGCAGGAAAUCUGGCAGCUCAAUGCUGCAAUCUGAUCUCAAGCUGGAGCAACACCUGCAGGACCAUCAGUACCAUCAGCAUCGGGAGCAGCCGAAAGAGCAGCUGCUACAGCACGACUCGAUCAUUCCGCAAGCGAACCCACGACUAAAGGCGCUGCUGGAGCGUCUGGAUGGUGAGCUAAAGUCGACCAGAUGGUUGGACACUACACCGGUUCGGUUAACGGUGAACCCGUCCUUGAUUGAACCGUCCGACUUUGACUGUGUGCUGUGCUGUCGGACACUAUGGCGACCUGUAGUGACUCCCUGUGGACACACGUACUGCUGGGUUUGUCUCGAUCGGUGUAUGGAUUAUUCAUCCUCCUGUCCGCUCUGCAUGGCACCGCUGGUGGAACAGUUCCGCAACCAUCUACCCGACAGUACAGCUGGCUUGGCGGAAGCGGCCAGUUCCAGCCCCAUCGGAACACCGGCCAACUUGAUCUCACUGGCGAAGCGCAAAAUGACACGCUUCGUCGAUCUCGCCAUGCAACGCUUUAUCCCGGAAGCGUACGAACGGCGCCAGCAACAGGAACAGGACCGUGAACCGACCGUUCCGGUUUUCAUCUGUACAACCGCAUUCCCGUCCGUGCCGUGUCCACUGUUCGUUUACGAGCAGCGCUACCGUUUGAUGGUGCGCCGAGCGAUCGAAAGCGGUGAACGACGGUUCGGUAUUGCACUGCCCGCACAAAAUGGUCGCCAGAGGUACGUCGAGUACGGUACGAUGCUGGACAUUCGGGACUGCGUGCAGCUCGGGGACGGUUGCUCCAUCCUUUCGACGGUGGGUGGCCGACGGUUUAGGGUACUCACGCGCCACGAACGUGACGGAUACGAUACGGCGCACGUGGAAUUUUUUGAAGACGAAAAGAUUGGUGCCGGAUCGGAGGCCGAAGAACGGUUACAGCUGGUGCGCGAUUUGCACGAGAAGGUACUGCUGAAAGCGAUCGAUUGGCACCAGAGCCUGCCGGAAAGUAUACGGUGUGAGAUAUUCAAAAGCUUCGGCAAGAUGCCCGAUCUCGAAGAGAACUGGGAAGAUGUAACAGAUGGGCCGGCGUGGGCAUGGUGGAUCAUUGCAAUUCUGCCGCUAAACGAUAAGCUCAAGGUCGACAUUCUUUCGACCACGAGCCUCAAGAAGCGGCUGCGUGCAAUCGACAAAACGCUCAACCUCGAGUCAGCCCAGCAGAAGCGCCAGCGCUCAGUGUGCGUCAUGGCUGGCGCUUCGUCCGCGUGCUGCGAAGGACUAUCAUCGACGCAACAGUGCCAAGCGAUCGACUGUUGCCUGCGAGAAAGAACUACCUCAAGCGUUCAUAAUCAUCACCACCAUCACGAUAGCGAUAGGCAGGCGGAUACGACGCAGCAUCUGCACCAUCAUCAUCAUCAUCACCAUCACCAUCAUCAUCUAAGCACGUCCGCGGACGAGUAUUUGCUGUAAGGGAAAUGAAAUACGGGAGCAAAAACAAAAAUGCAUCCAUCAAGGUUUUGCAUCAUACUUCCACUGUCACGAGCCCAAAAGUGAUCGGUGCAACAAAUACAAAAGAAAGGGUCUCCAUUCGCACAAUGACCGAUUAGGCGGGCGCACAGUUUGUAUUCCGUGUAGAAAUUUCUGUGCAAAAAAAAAAACAAACUCAACAACAAUACGGACUACAUGUUUCCUAAUCAAAAAAAAACAAACGGGAAAAAGGGAACCGAUGGAUCAAUAGCAAAAACAGCAAGAAAUAGGAAAUCGUUAGCACAGUGAUUGGAAGUGAAUAAUCAUACGGAUCGUGAUCGUUGAUGCAUUUGAUAAGGUAGCGAAAAGGGUAAGCAAAUGUUGUGCCAGAUGUCUGUGUCAGUGGAAGGCUACAGCUUUGCACAGUCCAAGUUCCCCACAAACCCUACCCGGCCCCCAAAACACCCCAUAUCGUCACGAAAAUGAAACAUAAUUCAAGCUUUAACGAGUGUAAUUCCAAAACGCCAAAUCCAUUUUUGAAUAGUAACCAAACUGCUGCGGUGGAAACCACGGGAAAAGUGUUUUCUCUUCCUACUUUAAAGAAGAAUAAAAAAAACAAGCGACAUCCUUGCUCUUAUAGCGAUAAGCGUACAUAACCAGAAACUACCUUUUACCACACAUAAUACGUUUUUGCAAAAGAGUUUGUGCGCUUACCAACCUUAGCACCCUAGUCGGAUCGAUUUGAACUAAUUAACCCUUUUUGCCCAGUUAGUAAUUGCAGUACGUACCUUACGGCACAUGCAAAUCGUAUCAAGCAUCGUGCCCCAUGUAUUCAAUCUUUCAACGGUGAAUAUAUACAAACCACCUCCCUUUUUGCCACUUACUUAUCACUUCACAAUGUUACAAAUUCGACAUACUCCGAUCGUGUUUGCACUUACAAGUCCUUGCUCUACUCUAUAAAUAUAUAACUUCGUAACGUUUGCCUUUGGAGUGCUAUCCCACUGGUGGAAGAGAGGUCUUGCACAGCAAGCAAACUUUAUCACAACUAUCUAAGCGUUUUUUCUUAUCACUCGUAUUUGCCAACAUUAUUCCCGUUUCUCUUUCUACCAUUUCACAUUUCCUUCCUUCUCCGGUAACUGCGUAUGGAAAUUUUGUCAUAAAUUCUACAACACUAUACAUUACAUACAUAAAUAUAUAUCAAGAGCAAGUUUGUGCAUUUUUGUAAUAGCAACUGAAGUUAGGAUACAUUGUUGUAAUGAAAGUGUUGUAAAAACUCGUCUCAUGCAAAUACAAAGUAAAGAAAUGGGAAGAAAAUUACCAGAAAACAAACAAACAAAACAAAAACAAUGAAAAACAAAAGCACACAAACACACAUGUAAACAGGAAAGGAAAUCAACUAAAACAACAGAAAAAUGGAAUGGAAGCAAACUAGCGGUGCUGUGAGACAAUGUGAGGACAAUCUUUUCUGCAGGUGACCAAAAAACACACAUACACAAAACAAAAACGAACAAAACAAUGUAACGGAAUCGGUUUUCUAGUGGGAUAUGGGGGACGGAUGCAAGAAGCUGCUUCUGCAUCUUCCCCCAUUCCUCGAUCCAGAUGGGAACAUUUCCUCAAUCAAAUCAAAUCGAGUAGCAGAAUUAGAGGGUACAGUUGUAUAUGCUGUUUGUAGCUGCCAACGAUGAGAUGCAGUAUUCAGCGCACGUCACACACUUUUGCUUGAAAGAUUACUAGAAAAAGGAGAAACAAACACACACUCACGGAGCUACAAUAGGACAAGCGCAAUGGAACAAUCUGGAAACAAUCAGUAAAGCAAUUCUCAUAAUCAACUUCCUGUGUAUUAAAGCUACAGUAGAUUCAAAAUAAACACAAACACACACAACACACUGCAAAAACAAAGCACGAGAAUGUGGAAGGACUCCCAUUGAAAAGUGAUCUAUUAAUUUGUUUCUUCUAACUAAGGAUUACUUUAUGUUCCACCUUAUAGCCUUCGGUGUAUUGAACUGAUGGGCGCGUUUUGCUGAUAGUUGAUUGUGAUACUAUGAAAUUUAGUACUAUAAGUUUACGCUUAAGCUUGGUUUGCCUUCAUACUUCUGCGUUAACGGCCCCCAUUUUUUUUUAUUGCUCCAUUUUUGUGUAUUUCUGUUUCGUUUAAAGUUCAUCGCUUAAGUUUAGUGCUAUUCUUAUUCUACCUUCUUCCAUGCGUCAGCAGGCAACUUUUUUCUUCUUUUUGUGUGUGUGUGUGCAGACACAACGCAGAUGGGAAUAUGCAUUUCAGGACAGGACAGCAGUGAGUGUGACAAGUUUAGAAGAAUAGGAAUAGGAAGAAUAGAAUAGGAAUGUGUAUAUGGUAAUGCGUCUAGAUAAUGGAAGGUAACUAGUACACUAAAUUCAAUGUUUGGGACGUAAGUAGGAAAUAGGACUUUUUUUAAAUGUAAAACAAUAUAUAAAACAAACAAACAAACACAAGUAAAAGAUCUGUUCCUGAAGGUGUGCGCCAUGCCGGGCGAGUACUAUACACGCGCGCCAAAUAUGGUCAAUGGCGGGUAAAGUCAUUCACACACGCACACAACAAACACACAAUAAAACUCGCCUUCGGGCCGUUUUCUGCACGAUCAGACACAAACACUCACACACAUACACACUGCGUAGAUAAGGUGAAGAAAUUGUACUAGUUGUAAGCUAAAUUAUGUCAACUACUAGGCACCGAAUGUAUCUCAAUCAUUCCCAAAUUCCUUCGAGGUUCCCCCGUUUUAAAUCGCUCGCGUGAAUACCGCCAUAAAGCACUAGAACUAUAGGACAGAUACGGCGAGAAGCGAGAUGUGACAUGACACGAGCCAAAGUGUGCCAGCAGCAACAAAUGCGAGCCGCAGGAAAGCAUGGAAUCCAGCUAGGAAAGUAGUUUUCGAAGGAAACAGUUGGGUAUGGGAGAAAAGCACCAGUCAUGUCCGUUGUACAAAACUACUAAACGAUGUGAUUUUCUGUUUCAACCAAUCCCAACCACUAGGGAUGAGCAGUUUGAAUAGUUUUGGCAGGAUGCAGAAAGUAUAAGCUCCACAAUGUUCUGAACAGUGGUACAGUUGCCAAUCGGUAUCGCCGGAAAGCAUGAGAUGUGCAAGGGGAGUGAUUGUAGAGGGCGGAAAAUUAUUUUUAUUUUCUGUUUGUCUCCGAGCACGCGAGUCGGAGGGAGAGGCAAUUGAUAGAUCUUCAACUAAAUAAAUGAAAGAAUCCAUUUUUCAAUGUAAUACAAA